AUGAUCGCAGCGAACAAGCCUUUCAUUUCAACCAAAUGUCCACUCAAUUCCUCUCGUGCGCUGAUUCCUCAAAUUCACCCAAUCAACACCGUGAUGGACGCUGUUUGGCACACUCGCUGGACUGCCAAUGCCGUUUUAUCCGCUUCAAAUGACGGCUUUUUGAACCUCUGGGAUGGAUCUACUGCCGAGCAUAAAGCGCGUCUUGAUAUUUCUCAUCUCUCUAUUUCCUCUUUGUCUACCACUCCCCACCCGGAAUGCCCUCAACGCGCUUUGGUUUCCUCCAUUGACGGCACAACCUCUGUGGUCUCACUCGCCGAUGCUCAUCUUUCUGCUUCCACUAGCCAUCCAGGUAUUUGGAAGUCCGCUAUCCACCCAAUAACCCUCGAUCACUACACUACUUCCCCCGCUAAACUUGACUCCAAGCUAUCGAUACACAGUGCAAAUAUUCACCCACAAUCCUCCGAAGAUCCCGAUUUCGGUACCUUUUUGGGCACAUACGACAUGGGCAAACCUGCUUUCAUCUUAUCCUUGGAAUACAGCCCCAACGGUGCCUGGUGUGUAGCUGGCGCUCAAUCCGGCCAAACAUACGUCUUUGAUACUAAAUCUGGCUCACUCGUUAGGGUACUCACUACACACUCUAAACCUGUACGCUCUAUUUCUUUCUCUCCUGACUCCUCCAUCCUCUACACCUCAAGUGACGAUAGACUCAUCUCUGCAGUUGAUCUCCGCGCUUCGACUGGUUCUGGUGCUGUCUUUUCCUUCUCAAAUGCACACGAGAGCUCAGUGACUGCCGUAUCAGCUGCACCGGACUCAAGGCUACUCGCAUCAGCUUCAACAGAUCACUCUAUUCGUCUGUUUGACAUUGGUCAGCGAGCAUCAGUCGCAAAGAUGGCGCAAGAGGAUGAGGUGUGGUCGUUGAGCUGGAGACCUUUGGGUGUUAGUGGACUGUCAGGCUCUGCCUUUGCCAGCGGUGGUGAUUCUGGCGUUGUCAAGUGGUGGAAAUCUGCGGGAUGA